GAAGAGGUCACAUGAAGUUUCAGGUGGUUGCAGAAGUAACGGGCCAGACUAUUAAAUUUUCAACAGAGAUGGCAAGCUGGGUCUCCCUCCUCCUCUUCCUCGCCUGCCAGUCGGCGUUGUCCGCAUCCCAGGAGGGUCUCCCCGAGUUCACCUCGGACACUCCCAUCAACAACGUAGUCCAGGACCCGCGCACGGGCCGCGUGUACGUGGGGGCCGUCAAUGCCGUCUACCAGCUGGGGCCGUCGCUGCGGCAGGAGGCCAAGGCGGAGACGGGUCCCCGCAAGGACGCCAGGACGUGCACGCCGCCCGCGUCGGCCUGCCAGGACACCAAGCUCAUGCCCAACAUCAACAAACUGCUGCUGGUGUACCCGUCCAACGGCUCGCUCAUCGUGUGCGGCAGCCGCUACCGGGGCAUCUGCUCGCUGCUCAACCUGUCCAACGUGGCGCAGGAACUGUACUACAGCGACAAUAAGGGAGAGAGGACAUACGUGGCCAGCAUCGAGGACAACGUCAACGUGGUGGGCGUCAUGUCCACCUUCGUCAAGGAUCAGCACAAAUUCAACGUGUUCCUGGUGGGCAAAGGCUACGGCAGCCUGGACAGCACCAAAAUCAUCACCACUCGCAUUCUUCAGGAUUUCCGCGAGUGGGUUGUGUUCGAGAGCAUCAUCGAGGCCUCCACCAUACAGACCAUGCCCUUCGGGCCCAGGUACCUGCACGACUUCCGGCACGCCUUCGCUGCCGACGGCUUCGUUUACUUCGUCUUUUCCAGGACUCUGGACGGUACUGAUAACAAAAACGUGACCUUUGUGUCUCGCCUGUGCGAGAACGACCACCAUUUGUAUUCCCACACGGAGCUCCAGCUCAUGUGCGGUCCGGAUAACCGGUACAGCAAAGUGCAGGCGGCCUUCGUGGCCUCUCCCGGGAAGGAACUGAGCCAAGUCAUGAUGGAAGCGGGGACGUACGGCAAGGUCCAGCCCUGGAAUAAAGUCCUCUUCAUGGUGGCCAGUUCGGAAGACGACCACACCGACUCGGCCCUGUGCAUGUAUACGCUCAACGCCAUCAACGAGCGUCUGGUGGACAUCAUCACCGCCUGCUACUGUGACUCUGGGAAGAUUUCGGGCUUCCCCGCCGUUGACAUUCCGUACUCGUCAAAAACAGCCGAAUUCUGCACCUCCAAAAUUGCUAAAGACACAUUAGAACUGUACAAGUGCGGCGGCGAUUUCUUGCCGACGCCUUUGGCCAGCAAGCCCAGAUUCGCCCUGAAAUCCAACGCGGUCUUGUCCAAGCCAGGCCUCCUCACCGCGGUCGCCAUCGCCGUGGAGAACGAUCACACCAUCGCCUUCUUGGGCAACAACCAGGGAGAAGUCUUUAAGGUGCACCUGGCAUCCACGCCGUACGUGUACGGCAAGGCCCCUGGCGACACUUUGGGGGAGAAAGUGAACAAGAAUCUAUUCUUCGACGCGGACUACAGCCACCUCUACAUCACCGCAGACAAAAAGAUCACCAAGGUGCCCGUGGAGACGUGCCUGCAGAAGAUGGACUGCCAUUCCUGCGUGAAUACGAGGGACCCGUACUGUGGCUGGUGUGUGCUCGAGGGCAGGUGCACCAGGAGGUCUGAGUGCCGGCGGGCAGAGGAGAAGAAUGGCUGGCUGUGGAGCCCCCAGCAGCAGUGCGUCAAGAUCGUUUCCUUCUACCCUCCCAACCUCUCCUGCAAAAAGAGCCAGAAGGUGAAGAUCAACAUUCCUUCCCUGCCCGCCAUCGGCCCCUCGGACCGUCUCCUGUGCUCCUUCAAGUCGUUCCAGAGCGACGGCGUCAUGUCCGACUCGGGUCAGGUCUCGUGCGACCUGCCCCACCCCUCGCUCAUCCCGCACACGGCCGGUCACCAAGACUUCGUGGCCGUGCCGGUGACGAUCUUGGUCAACGGGGAGGUGGAGUUGGCGACACGCGACUAUCAGUUCUACAACUGCGCGGCCACCGUCAGGAAGGCGGAGAACACGCCGUGCAUGUCGUGCGUGGCCAGCCCGUGGGGCUGCCAGUGGAACAUGCACGACCACACCUGCAGCGACAUGGACGACGGCGCGUCUGCGCCGCACAUCAUCAAGCACCGACAGGGAGCGAGGUGCCCUCAGUUUGAAAACCCGGACCCCAUGCUGAUCCCCGUGGGCUACAAGAAGUCGAUCAGCUUCGAGGGCAUCAAUCUGGACCUCUACCAGGGCCGUGUUUUUACCAUCGGCACGGAGCUCAUGAAGAACGUGGAGGAGGAGGUCAACUUUGAGGACGGACCUUUCUACAUCUUCAGCGGAUUUAACUUUUCCUACGACAAGUCGCCGGAGACCAACGUUGUUCUGUACGUGAAGGACAAGAAGCUGGGAAAGAAGAUGGACAGCACGCUCAACGUCACCCUGUACAACUGCUCGGUGGGCCGCGAGGACUGCAGCCUGUGUAAGAACGCCGACCUCAAGUACAGAUGCGUUUGGUGCGCCAGGCACGGCGCCUGCGUGUACGAGCAGCUGUGCGCGCACGACGGCGAGGACCCCCACGACGCAGAGUGUCCCGCCCCCCAGAUCACUGACAUCAUCCCUCGCUACGGCCCCCUGGAGGGCGGCAUCGCCAUCACCAUCCGCGGCUCCAACCUGGGAAUCCGCAAGGAGGACAUUGAACACAUCACGGUGGUCGGAGAGCCCUGCCUUCACCAGCAGGACAAGUACUCGGUCUCCACCAGUGUGGUGUGCAUGAUCGGCCCCUUGUCCCCUGGGAAGAACGAAUCGGGCAAGGUGGACGUGGAGGUGAAGGGUGGAAAGAAAGGAACCUCCUCCAUUUUCUUCACCUACAGGGACCCCAUCCCCGAGACGGUGACGCCCAUUCACGGGCCGAAAGCCGGAGGCACCCUCAUUACGAUCGGAGGACGUUUCCUGGAGACGGGGAGUAAGGAUGACAUCCAGGUUACCGUCGGAGAUGUGCCCUGCGCUGUGGAGUACUUUGGAGAAAUCAUCACCUGCAGAACGGGCGAGUACGGGGCCGAUAAGGUGCCUUCUGACCCGCUGGCCGUCACAGUGAAGUACGGGAGGAUUGCCGUCACACAAAUCCCCAGUGCCUACCAGUUCUUGGAAAACCCCACCGUGCUCGACCACCAGCCCAAAGCUAGCUUUGUCUGCGGCGGGAGGAACAUCGUGGUGACUGGCUCGGGUUUCGACAUCAUCCAGAGAGCCGUCAUGAUGGUCCGAGGAGACAACUCCACAUCAUUUGAGGUCGCCCACGAGAAGAACGACACCGUCAUCCACUUUCGCUCGCCUCCGGUCAACGACUCGCUGAGUCAGCAAGCCAGGACGUACAUCCAGCUGGACAACUGGGAGAAGGAGCUCAGGAACUUCGACUACCACCCGGACCCCGUCUUCUACGAGCUGCCCAAGAGGGUCUUCACCGAAUCCAGCAUCAUCAUCGUUACCGGUCGAGGUUUCUCCAAAGCCAUGACAGCCAAGGAGGCGCAAGCCUUUGUGGGCGACGUUCCCUGCCUGGUCAACACGCUCCAGGACGACAAGCUGUUCCUCGAUCCGCCCUCCACGCAGCCCCGCUCUCGCUCCCGGAGACAUCGCCGCGACACUCGGCCUGAGCUGCUGGACCUAAUGAUCAAGUUUGGCAAAGGCGAGUGGGUGGUGGGCUCGGUGCAGUAUGAGAGCAAGAACGAUUUGUCGCUUUACAUCAUCAUCCCCGCCGUCAUCGUACCCAUGCUGCUCAUCAUUGCCAUCUCCGUCUACUGCUACAGGAAGAAGAGUCAACAGGCCGAGAGGGAGUACGAGAAAGUGAAACACCAGCUGGAGAACCUGGAGGAGAGCGUGCGAGACCGUUGCAAGAAAGAGUUCACAGACCUGAUGAUCGAAAUGGAGGACCACACUAACGACUUGAGCGAGGGUCGGAUCCCCUUCCUGGACUACAAGACCUACACGGACCGCGUCUUCUUCCUGCCUUCCAAGGACGGUGCCAACGACGUGAUGAUCACAGGCAAACUGGACAUCCCCGAGGCCCGGCGGGCCACCGUGACGCAGGCGCUCAACCAGUUCUCCAACCUCCUCAACUCGAAGACCUUCCUCAUCAAUUUCAUCCGCACCCUGGAGCGCAGUCACGACUUCAACGCCCGGGCCAAAGUGUAUUUCGCCUCGCUGCUGACGGUGGCCCUGCACGGCAAGCUGGAGUACUACACGGACAUCAUGCGGACGCUCCUGCUGGAGCUCAUGGAGGAAUAUGUGCACAGCAAAAACCCCAAACUCAUGCUACGCCGAUCAGAAACUGUGGUGGAAAGAAUGUUGUGCAACUGGAUGUCCAUCUGCCUUUACCAGUUCCUCAAGGACUCGGCAGGCGAGCCCCUGUACAAACUGUUCCGGGCGAUUAAGCAUCAGAUCGAGAAAGGACCCGUGGACGCCCGAGUGAAGAAAGCCAAGUACACCCUGAACGACACCGGCCCUGGGGAUGAUGUGGACUAUUCUGUACUGACGCUGCAAGUGCUGGUGCACGGCGAGGGUCCCGACGUGACGCCCGUCAAGGUUCUGAGCUGCGACACCAUCUCGCAGGUGAAGGAGAAGAUCAUCGAGCAGGUGUACAGGAACCUGCCCUACUCCAUGCGGCCCAAGGUGGAAAGCGUCACGCUGGAAUGGCGCCCGGGCUCCACUGGCCAGAUUCUGUCUGAUCUGGACUUGACAUCCCAGAAAGACGGCAGAUGGAAACGUGUCAACACGUUGGCUCACUACAACGUCAGCGACAACGCCACUUUAGUCCUGUCGCGAGUGCUCCACACUCAGCAGAACUACGACCAGAACCAGGAAAACCACGAAGAGCGGAACGCUCUGUUGGAAGACGACAAGGUGUUCCACCUGGUGAGGCCCGCCGACGAGUUGGACGAGAUCAAGUCCAAGCGGGGCAGCAUUAAGGACAAGUCCAUGACCAAAGCCAUCACGGAAAUUUAUCUGACUCGACUGCUCUCUGUCAAGGGAACGCUGCAGCAGUUUGUGGACGACUUCUUCCGCAGCGUGCUGUGCUCCGGGGCGGUGGUGCCGCCGGCGGUCAAAUACUUCUUUGACUUUCUGGACGAGCAGGCGCUGAAGCACAACAAUGUAGAUGACGAGACCAUCCACAUUUGGAAGACCAACAGUCUGCCUUUGCGCUUCUGGGUGAACAUCCUGAAGAACCCUCACUUCAUCUUCGACGUCCACGUGUCGGAAGUGGUGGACGCCUCGCUGUCCGUCAUCGCACAGACCUUCAUGGACGCCUGCACAAAGAGCGAGCACAAGCUCAGUCGGGACUCGCCGAGUAACAAACUUCUCUAUGCAAAGGAGAUCUCGACUUACAAGAAGAUGGUGGAUGACUACUACAAGGGCAUCCGACAGAUGGUGCCGGUCAGUGACCAGGACAUGAACACUCACCUGGCUGAGGUCUCACGGUCACACACGGACAAGCUGAACACACAAGUAGCUCUCCAUCAGCUGUAUCGGUACGCCAGCAAGUACUACAACGGGAUCAUUUCAUCCUUGGACGAAGACCCGGCGGCGCAGAGUAAGCAGCUGACCCUGCGGCUCCAGCAGAUCGCGGCCGCCCUGGAAAACAAAGUGACUGAUCUCUAACGUGGAGACCAAGACGGGCUGGGUAGCGGGGGGGGGGGGGGGGGGGGAUCCUGCCAGUGACUACAGGGGCUUAUUCCUUCUUGUUUUGCGCUUGAUAAAUCACGGAGAGACUGGCGUAGCGCGCACUAUUGCCGUGGGUGCAAUAUCAUAAUAAUAAUAGCAACAAUAAUAAUAAUGUUCUCCCGUGCGGCGUAUCAUUUGAAAAUGCGUACGGAGAGCAGAGCGAGUCGAUGCGUCACGCCGCCAAAAAAAAAUGAAAAGAAAAAGGUACGCCUUAAAGCUCACUUGCCAAACCUCAAGCGCGCGUCACGUGAAGCGUCGAGAGAUUUAGAGAAAGAAGUAAGCCCCUGUGGCAGAAGAUAAUCAGAUGUUCAAUUUCUUUUUCCUUUUGAGAAUUGUAGGAUCUAUUUUUUUUAAAUCUGUCUUUAUCGCCGGGGAAGAGGGGGCAAGCUUUAUAAGGAAACAAAGAAAAAAAAAAAAAAGAAUCUUUUUAAACGGAUCACCCGGUGUUGUGCAUCGCGUUUUUGGAGAACAGGUGAUUUUAACGUAGGCGCGUUCGGGGACGUGCGCACACGGGACGCCUGAAGUCGGGCGGGAGGGCCCGAGAGGCGCCCGCUUCCUGUCUUAUGACCCCCCCGCCCUGCCGACCACAGGCAUUGACAGGAAGCCUGCGCCCCCACUUUGACUGAGACCAAAGGGUCCUCACACAAGGACAAUGUACAGGCUCAUAGGAAUGACGGCUCCACAGUUUCUAUAUUUUUUAUUGUCGAUUAUUAUUAUUUUUAUUUUUUAUUUUAUUUUUUUUGAAGCCGUGUGUGCUUUGUGGAAGCCACUUACAGCAGAGUCUGUCCUCCCUUUAGUGUUCAGUGCCAUGGUACAUUCCACUUCGAAAACAAAGCACAGAAAAACAUUUCAAGAUCUUUUUUUUUCUUUUUUUUUUUACACCCAACCUCUCUCAUCAUAUUUUUCAAAACUUUUGCUGCUAUGUCUUGACAUUUUCAUCCGCAUCAGCCCCGCAAUCAACUACCUUCAAGUCUCAUCAGCUUACCAAUAUCACCAGAAUUUAGUAGAAUAGUAUAAAAAAAAAAAAAAGUUAUUCACUAGUUAUAAGGUUAAACCUGGAAUUGCAGCAAACCACAUCAGGUCACAAUUGAAAUUAAAUCCUUGUAAAGGGUCCCCAGAUGUGGAAUUAUUGUCUGAAUGCUCUUUUAUGACAAUGUAAUAACCAGAAACAUGCUUUUUUUUUUUUUUUUUUUUUACUUGAAAUUGUCACCAAUACUCGCAUAUUCUUACUAAAUUCUGGUGAAAGGGUUAGGCUCACGAUUCAUUUCCGCCUACGGUAGCAGUCCAGCAAUAGAAUAGUAGUAAAUAUGUUUCUUGAUUAAUAUGACGACGUCCCCUGUGCCAUUCUUUUGAUGUGAAUCUGUUGUCCAAAUAUUCACCGAGCAUCCUGCCUCUUGAAGCUAUGAAAUAGCCCUUUUGCUGAUUGCUGUCAAUAAUCUGCCAGGUAUGCGGUUGUUACUCGAGCGGUACAUAAUGAACAAAAACGGCUUGUAUAUAUUCGUUGUUCUUUUUUUCCGGAUUCGCGUGCGAAACCAGGGUGGGGCGAGUCUCGGUGAUGAUGUCAUUGAGUAGUGCUGCGGUUGUGUGUCGUUACCUGACCAUUGUCACGUGACCACUGUUGCGUAUGCGAGUGUAUGUGUUUGUGUGAGUGCGCGGGAGGUACACGUACACGCUCGCAAAAGUGUGUAUAUCUUACCACUUGUGUGUACCUAAACAUGGUUGCGGUGCACCUUACCAUAGUUGUGUGUCCCUGAGCGUUGUGUGUGCACUCGACGUUGGCUGUGUGUAUACCUUACAUGGUUAUGUACGUACACGACAUUAGUGGUGUGCGUACCUCAUCAUCAUUGUGUGUGUGUGUGUACCUUAUCAUAGAUGUGUGCGUACUUCAGCUUGGUCACGUGUGCGCCUGACCAUAGUUGUGUAUGUGUGUGUGUGUGUACUUCGCCAUAGUCCAGGGUUGUGUUGGAACCUGACCGUGGUCGUGUGUAGCGAAGCCCCCCCCCCCACCCACCCCAGAAUGUUCAUUCCUGCCUUUGUGAGGGCGGGCGGGUAGGGGACGGGGGUUGCGUGGGUGCGUGCACGGACCUCAAGCCUACUUGUCCCGCCCCGCCGUCUACGCCCUCCCUGACAUCGGGACCGACGACACGGGGCCCCGCCCGCCCGCAUGCUUGCCGGACCCCUCACCCCCCCACCUUGAUACCCGAUCUAAUGGCUUCAGCCUGGGGACAGGGCCCCGCGUCUCCGUCGACUCCUCUCACUGGCCGAGUGGACGCAGAUGCUUCUUUCAGAGCCUUUAUUUGACCAAAAAUGUGCCUUAUUGAAUAGGAUGAUACAUAUAAUGUUUCUAAAUUAUUCUCUCGGUAACCUACGGUGACGAUAGUGCUAUAGACAGAGCAAUGUAUUUGGACUUGUGAUAUUGUGUGUGUGCUGUCAAAAACGCUAAAAUGCUAUGGAUGCCUUGCUGCAGAAGUUUUUGUGUACAUGUGUGUAUGUGUGUGUUUGCGUGCCAAUUAGGGGUGGGAAUUGCGAUAUUUUACUGAUGGCGUCACAAUUCAGCAAUAAUUGCCAUUGUAGGGGUUCUCAAACUUUUUCUUAUCAUUUCAUUUCUGACCAACAUUGAAAUACAGUAGUGCGCAGGUGUCAAACUCAAGGCCCUGGGGUCAGAUCUGGCCCCCCGCAUGAAUUUAUGUGGCCCGCGUAGUUCAAAUCAUGUGCAUCAAUGACCGUAAUUUUUUUUUUGUUAAAAUCUAGACCAAAAUUUCCAUUUGUCAUAUCAUAAAUGAUUGAGAUAUUGCAAGCAUUUUUGUUACCAAUCAUCAACAACAGUUGAAAAACCCAUUACCCUUGAUUUCUGAUUCCAAAACUAGUUCAUUAAUAUCAUGUAAAUAUGAUAAGCCAAUUAAAGAUUGUUAUGGUUUUAUGGUUAAGGAAAACCGUGAGUACAAUGUGCCCCAAGACAAAAAUGAGUUUGACACCCCUGCAGUAGUGUCUUAGGCCGAAGCACACAUAAAAAAUGAAAGAGGUUUUUUUUCCAUCCAUCCACCCAUUUUCUACCGCUUUUCCGGGUCGGGUCAUGGGGAAAGUAGCUUCAGGAGGGAUACCCAGACUCCCCUCUCCCUGGCCACUUCUUCCAGCUCUUCCGGAGGGAUCCCGAGGCGUUCCCAAGCCAGCCGAGAGACGUCGUCUGGCCAGCGUGUCCUGGGUAAUCCCCGGGGUCUCUUUCCGGUGGGACAUGCCUGGAACACCUCACCAGGGAGCCCUCCGGGAGGCAUCUGGAUCAGAUGCCCCAGUCACCUCAUCUGGCUCCUCUCAAUGCGGAGGAGCAGCGGCUUGACACUGAGCCCCUCCUGGAUGACCGAGCUUCUCACCCGUUCUCUAAGGGAGAGCCCGGACACCCCGCGGAGGAAGCUCAUUUCGGCUGAUUGUAUCCGGCCGGGAUCUUGUUCUUUCGGUCACGACCCACAGCUCGUGCCCGUAGGUGAGGGUAGGAACGUAGAUCGACUGGUAAAUUCUGACCUUCGCCUUUCACUUUAGCUUCCUCUUCACCACAAUAAACAAACCACAACAAAAAGGUUUUACUCCUAAAAAAUAUAUUUAAUAUUAUUGUAGUUCAGUGGAACGGUGGAUCAGCUAGUAAAGAGUUGACCUCACAGUUCUGAGGUCCUGGGUUCAAUCCCGGACCAGCCUGUGUGGAGUUUGCAUGUUCUCCCCGUGCCUGCGUGGGUUUUCUCCGGUCACUCCGGUUUCCUCCCACAUUCCAAAAACAUUAAUUGGACACUCUAAAUCGCCCCUAGGUGUGAUUGUGAGUGUGGCGGUUUGUCUUGAUGUGCCCUGCGAUUGGCUGGCGACCAGUUUAGGGUGUACCUCGCCUCCUGCCAAUUGACAGCUGGGAUGCACUCCCUGCAACCCUUGUGAUGAUAAGCGGCUAAGAAAAUGGAUGGAUGGAUUAUUGUAACCCACUGUAACAUUAUGCAGUUUUAACAAUCAGACUUGGUUUGAAUAAAAUGAAGACAAAAAUAUAUAGUCAAAAUUUCUCAUGGAUUAAAUGUCAAUUUAUUGAUUUCAGAAAUAAAAUACAAUUGUACUGAUUUUUUUUUUUUUUUUCCCAUAACACACUUUGAGAAUCACUGCUGUAUUGGAAGAACACCACAAUCAUACGUCUGGUAGGUUGUUAUUGUUGACAGCUCAUGGCGGCUGAUAUCCAGUGGAUAUCAGACACCAGCGGUAUCGUCGUUUUGAUGCCGGAAUUGAUAUCGCGUCCCACCCCUACCGCCAAUACGCUGAAAACAUUUCAUCGUGAUUUCUUUGACGGUGUUGACGUGUGCGCGUUUCUUUCGGGUGUCUGUGGUGUGAGCUUUGUCGGCCAAGAAAAAGCCAAAUUCAAAUUUUUUUUUUUCUCCCCUAUUCAAAUGUAAAACAUUCCUUACCGAAUUCAAACAAGCGGGGCGCAGGGGCGCAGGUGUUCUUCUGUAGACGUCUGAGUAGAGAGCAAAAAAAAAAAAAAAACAAUGUUCCAGUGGUGUUUAUUAGCUAUUUCCACAGUGUGUGCGAUAAAUGACAUACCUAUACUCGGCAAUUGACCUUUCUUACUGCUGUGCAGUUAUUUUUAUGAUUUCUUGUUUCCUAUACUGUAUCAAUCUUUGUAAAACAUGUUGAAAUACUGUAUUCUGACUGUAUACUCCUAUGCAUUGAGUCC